UAACGUACGUACCUACGAAGAAAUUCACCUUCCAAACACAAACAAGAUCUCUUAGUUAUUUAUAUACAUCAUCUUCACUCACUGUUUUGUCCUUCAUCAAAUCACAAUGGAAGAAUCAAACAUCAUGCAACAAAACAACGUUACUGCUUCUCCAACACCGACAACAACAUCAUACAUAGGUGUUCGAAAGAGAAAAUGGGGAAAAUUUGUAUCAGAAAUAAGAGAGCCAGGUAAGAAAACCAGAAUAUGGUUAGGAAGCUAUGAAGAACCUCAAAUGGCAGCAGCAGCAUAUGAUGUAGCAGCUUUUCACCUCAAAGGACGAUCCGCGAGGCUCAAUUUUCCUGAAUUGGUUGAGAAACUUCCAAUGCCAGCAAGUUCUAGAGGUGAGGAUAUUCGUGUAGCAGCUCAACAGGCAGCAUUGCAGUUCAAGAAGAGACCAAUAUCUGAAGGGGGUGUGAAUAGCAAUGGAAGUGUUGAUGUUCCUGCAGUGAGGGUAGGGCUUUCACCUUCUCAAAUUCAAGCUAUCAAUGAGUGUCCAAUGGAUUCACCAAAUAUGUGGAUGCAAAGGACAGAAGCAGCACUCAUGUUUGGAUCAUUGGAAUUUGAUGAAUCUAGAAAUUAUGAUGUUUUUGAGUUGAGUGAUUGGGAAGAAAUUCAGUAUGAGUCAUUGUGGGACUAGUUAAUUAUUAAUUCAAGAAAUGGUACUAGAUUUAUUUAAUUAUAAUAAUUAAUUCAUGUACCCUCUAUUUAGGGACCAAUAUAUUAAGGCAUCGUAUUGUAAUAAGACUUAUUCAAUGGGACGAAAAACAGAAGGACUUUUUAAUCAAUUUUUUGGUCAAUUUUCUUUCAUAUUUUAUGUGCCAUUUGUUUCUUCAAAUUCUUUCUUUAUGCAUGCAUUUUUUGUAUAGGUAUUUAAUUAUA